AUGGAAUCCUAUUGUACUCUGGUUUUAAUAGCAGGAAUUCUGGUUGUUUUUGUGUUACUGGUUUUAAUUGUAACAGAUUAUAAUUCCUUCAAGGCAGAGAUGCCUCCUGAUGUUGACCAGCCGUCAAAGCUCCGUUUUUAUCACUGUAUGUACGCUCUGGUGGAAGUUCUGGCAAAGAACUUGAACCGUCUGGGUAUCGUUGAGGAGCACACGCUGAUCAGGCUGAUCACAGAUGGGCUGCCAGUGUUGGGGGAUUCCCAGCUCUGCAUCAAAGAUCUGCAUUUUGAUGGGGUGCCCGUGAGGAUUUACCUCCCAAGAGAACCAGCUGCAGGCAAACGGAGAGGGGUCAUCCUCUUCCAUGGAGGAUGCGGGAUUUUCGGAAGCAUCAGAAGCCAUGAAAGAGUCUGCCGGUACAUAGCCAAAAAAUCUGAUUCAGUGGUUGUGUCUGUUGGGUAUCAUUUAUCACCUGAGUACAAGUAUCCAGCCCAGACUCUGGAAUGUCUGGCAGUUACUGUGCACUUCCUGCAGACUGCACAUGCCUACGGGGUGGAUCCCGCUCGGGUUAUUGUUUGUGGGGACAGUGUAGGGGGCACCUACGCUGCCAGUGUUUGCCAGGAACUGGUGCCCAGGACAGAUCUGCCAAAGAUCCGUGCCCAGGUGCUCAUCUCUCCCUUUCUCCAAGCCCUGAACUUCAAUCUGCCCUCUCACCACAAAAACGCUUUCGCUGCCUUCCUGUCCCGGGAGCGCACGGUCCGCUACCUCCUCAGGUACCUGGGUAAGGAUUGCUCCCUGGAGGAACCCAUUUUGGCAGGUUCUCAUGUUCCUGAGAGUAUGAAUUUGAAAUACAGGAAAUGGAUAAACCCCGAUCUUAUCCCGGAGGAGUUUAAACUGGGCUAUAAAGCACCGCCCCCCGCUUCAUUCUUACCCCGAGUCCACGAGGAAGUCCCAGAGCUGUUUACGUGCAGAGUUUCCCCUCUGCUGGCAGAAGAUGCUGUUGUUUGUCACCUCCCUGACACCUGUAUUGUCACCUUCGAGCACGAUGUGCUCAGGGACGAGGGGCUGUUGUUCAAGAAACGCUUGGAGGACAACAAUGUCAGAGUCACCUGGCACCACGUGGAAAAAGGCUUCCACUGCACAGUAGCAUUUUUUGGAUAUGGCAUUUUCUCUUUUCCAUCAUCAAGUACAGUGGUGAACCACGCUGUAGACUUUAUAAAAGGCUAUUAA